UCGUAAAAUUCCCCAAAUGAAAAAUGUUAGGGGUAUUUCUGUCAAUUGCUGUUAUAAAUUAGAUUGAAAGAUCUGAGCACAUAAAAUCCUUCCAAAGAAAUCAUCGAAAGUAGUCAGGAUCGUCCCAGUAGCGGAAAAUCUCCAUUGCCUUUCUUCAAAUUUGGGAUUGAGAAUGGACAAUAGAUGGUACAAUGGCAGACAAGAAACAAACAGUCAAGAUGCACGACAACAAGAGAGAGAAGAGGCAUAUCAAAGUUCCCUUGUUGAGGAUCUGGGAGAAGAUUUCUGCUUGCCAAUUGAUCACAGGCCGACUGAAAAUCUUGAACUGGAUAACCUGGAGCGGGCAUCUUUGGACACACAACUAACAUCAUCCAAUGUUGGGUUUAGGCUUCUGCAGAAAAUGGGUUGGAAAGGGAAAGGUCUCGGAAAAGAUGAGCAAGGCAUUGUCGAGCCAAUAAGAGCAGGGAUUAGAGAUCCAAAAUUAGGUGUAGGGAAGCAAGAGCAAGAUGACUUUUUUACAGCCGAAGAGAAUGUUCAAAGGAAGAAACUUGAUGUUGAAUUAGAGGAGACUGAGGAGCAUGCAAAGAAGCGUGAGGUCAUAGCAGAGCGCGAGCAGAAAAUUCAAACUGAGGUCAAGGAAAUACGUAAGGUGUUCUUUUGUGAUCUCUGCAACAAGCAAUACAAAUUGGCAAUGGAGUUUGAGGUUCAUCUGAGCUCAUAUGAUCACAACCACAGAAAGCGGUUCAAAGAAAUGAAAGAAAUGCAUGGUGGUAGCAGUCGUGAUGACAGGCAAAAGCGAGAGCAGCUACGUCAAGAGAGGGAAAUGGCAAAGUUUGCUCAAAUUGCGGAUGCUCGCAAGCAGAAGCAGCAGCAGCAGCAACAACAAAAGCAACAACAAGAACAAUCUGUAGAAUCUCCAGCUUCCAGCACGUUGAGAAGUGCUACUGCAGUUCAGGAGCAACGACAGACAUUGAAGUUUGGCUUUUCUUCUAAAGCUGGUGCAUCCAAGAACUCAUUUGGUGGCAUUACCAAGAAACAGAAAGUGGCUGUUAAGGUGUCCUCAGUCUUUGGAGAUGACAGUGAAGAAGAAUCAUAAAUUUUCAUAAAUCCCAUGCCAUCAUCCCAAAUCCAGGUACCUGUAUCCUUUCACGGGAAGUAGCUGGAAAUAUGUUAGACCAGAAAGGAAGGAACCUAUAUCCAUCGUUCCAAAUUUGCCUGUCCGCUCCUCACACUGUAAGCUAACCUUUUUAUUAUUGCUUGUAAUAGUUGCGUACGUUGCAGCCACAGGAUCUGUUGUUCACUAAAGGCAUGGGCAUGACUUUUUCAUUUUUACCCUCUCAAGUCAGAAUGCUAGAUGCAUUUUGAGCAUGGGCAUAGCAAUGGUAUGUUGUAUGGCUUUUAUUCAAAAAAAAAAAAAAAACCCCGGAGUGCUAGAAAUUGAGGCCUUGUUUUAAAUACAGUUGAAUUCUUCUGAAAACCUACCAUACACCUCUCCAUAUGUGCAGGGAUUUGGACAAUAUAGUAACCAAUAAAAACAUUUCUGACUUGAGAAACUUCAUUUA